CAGGACAUGCGGAAAUGAAAUGACAGCCUCGGGUCACUCCUGGUACAGCACACCCCAGCAGAGAUGACUGCUGUGCUUUCGCUUUUUGUGAAACAGAAGAAAGGAGUCGCAGUCAGCUCAGGUAGGAGUCGGACUCUUGUUAGGUUUGUCUUGUAGAAAGCUAAAGGUGAUAAAAGGCGUCAGCGUUAUGACAAACUGGGAAUAAACUAACCCUCCCUGUUAGCGUCAGUAGCUUUCAGACCUCGCCGCUUCAGGACGCUUACAGUACGGAGAUCACUGAAGUGUGAAGAUGAAGUGCUCAGAAUGUAGCCAUGAUAUUGUGGAAAAGACAGCAAAGUUCUGCAGUAAUUGCGGCACAAAGCUGUCUGUCCAACCUACAAACACACAGGAUACAAAAAAUGAGCCCAAACCCUUGGUAGCAGACUUGGAGGGUACAGCUGAGAAGUCAGCAUCACAGGAAGACGCUCCACCUGUGGACAGCAAUAAAAACCCUAAACGACUGAUGAAUGAUGAGACCAUCAGCAACCCAAAGAAAAAGAAAAAAAAGAAGAAGAGGAACAAAAAGAAGAAAGAUGGCACCUUGUUAUCAGACCAAGACCAAAGCCAGUCUGACCUGUCCCAUGUCUCCCUGGGAGACAACCAGGGGCGGAAGACAAAGAGCGAUAGAGAGUCUUCUGACAGUGAAAGCUCAGAUAAUGCAAUGGAUGUAACACCAGACUCACUCCAAGAUGCACUCUCUUCUCUAGACAGCCAGUCUAGUUCCUUAGCAGCUAACUCUCCUGCUCCAGCAUCGGAAGACACACAAGACAUUCAGGGAGAAAUAACUGCUGCCAGAGUUGAGGCAAAAAGCUCAGAGGAAACUACACUUAACACUGAUGAGGGAGAGAGGAAUGCACUGAAAUCAACUCAGGAUCAAACACUCAACACCACACCGACUGACACUCCAACUCAGCAGCCUGUCCCUGAGGACAGCAAGAAUACGACUUCUCAGUCAGAUACAGGCAAAGGGGCAAAGGCCACUAACACUAAAGAGCAAAAAAACGUCAAGAACAACUCAAAGAACAAGAAAGACAUAGCCGACAUGAAACAACCUGCACUGGACCAGAAUGCUAAUGUGGAGCCGAAUGUGAAACAGACAGGACAAACCAAACAGAAGGGAAAUAUUCAGCAGGACCAGAAACAAAAGCGGGCUCCGGUGGCUGAGCAAAAGACAGUUGGUGGUUCUCAAACACCAACAAAGACUGACAGCACAGGCUCCAGUGUGGACCCAGGGGGGGCAGCAGAGCCCACGGCGGUUCAGCAGUCUGGUAGUGGGCAGAAGUUGACCCCAGAACAAACUUCAGAAACUGACAAGGGAAGCAAAGACAAUAAUAAGGAUAACACAGAAUCCAACUCCUCAGCUGUCCCACCACCCCAAAGGGUGACCAGAAGCAAAACCAUUGCUGCACAUGACAGACUCACCAUUUACUUCCAUGCAGUUCUCUCAAAGGAUUUCAAAUUUGAUCCAAACGAAGACCGUAUCUUCAUCGGGGCUGGGUUCAUCAAUGGGAAAUGGGAGGAAAAUAAGGUUGAGCUGUUUGUGACCAGGGAUCUUGGUGAUCAUGGUUUUCUAGUGGAGGGCAGUCUGCCAACAACAAGAAAGGAAGCUCUAUCUGAGUCGAUACCGUACAAAUAUGUUGUCUAUAAGCAGAAAAAGAAGGCAUAUGAGUAUGAGUACAUCUACAAACUAGAUUCUGCACAACACAAAACCAACAGAUGUCUGUUUGUGACACCCCGCUUCCUCAAUGACAACGGGGACUGGCAUCAAUAUGAUGACAUCAUCUGUGCAGAGCCAUCAAAGGGCGUAAUCCAACGCCUUAAAGAAACAUUCUGGCGAGAACAAAAGAGGAGCCUGAUUCAAGGCAGAGAGAUUGCAGGGAAUAUAAUGCUGGAGAGCAUAUUUGAUCUUCUGCGCAGCUGGACUGAUGUCAAUUUGAAAAGUUUUGUGAUCCAGCUGGAUCAGUUCUUCCAUGUUUAUGGGGAACCUUUUGUGUAUGAAGAAAGUCAGAAGAAAUGGUACUCGUUAGACUAUGGAAAAGAUGAUGUGAGGAGGAUGCUAAAGGAAUUCAUGCUGACAAAAGUAAUCCCUCAGUUGUUGAAGGAUGAAGAUAGGAGGAUGCUCUACAUACAGGAUCCCAUGAAAGCAGCUGUGAUCAUGCUUCAUGUAUGGAGAAGGUAUCAGUUCAAACUGGAUCAUGGCGAAGUCCAUAAGCUCUGCUAUGUGCUCUGUUUUCCCAAGCAAGACAAAGAAAAUUUCCUCAAGUACUGGGCAGAGUUUUCUCGGGAUGUCGCUAUUUUCAAAAAUCUUCCAGAAAACCUGUUGCAUCUGAUAAAUGUUGUGAAAACAGCGCGAAUGCCCCCGUGGAUUUUGGUACUACCACUGCUCCACCUCCUCAAAGGCACCACAAAGCCAUUUGAUGUACCAUCUCAUGGAAACUUAAAGUACGGCCCAUCCUGGGCAGGUUUGCAAGGCCUUGAGUUAGGUCCUACAGCAUACAUGAACAGUCAAGAUAAGAGAGCGCUUGUCAAGUUGAUGAAAAACCACAGUCACCUGAUGGAAGUGGAUGCACUUUUAGUGCGUUCCUGCUUGUACUUGAUGCCAUUUGAUGAAAUGAUGGAGUGUGUCAACAACAUUAACACUGAGCUUUUGGACAUACUUCAUGUUUUAACCAACAAGUUUCCUCAGGACAUUUCCUACAGUAACUUUGAGGAAGUAUCUAGCAUUCUCUCACAUAUCCAAGGACAUCUCAUUGAAGAAAAAUACAGUCAUUUCACAGAGGCUUAUAGGAGAGCAUGCCUAACAACAGUAGUGAAACUGUUGGACAGGGUCUGCAAAGGAGUCAAACUGGCAUAUAACCAGAAGUUCCAUGGUAUUCCUGUCACUUGUAUGAAUCUGGUCGCAUCAGUGUCAGACUUUGUUCACUGUAACAAGCAACAGGCAACUCAAGAAGAGGAAACAGAGCAGCACUGUGUAAAAGACUUGAUCGAUGAGGCGUUGAUGAUUAUGAGAAAGUGGAUCAGUGAUUCUUUCAGACAGGGUUUGUUCAACAGGACUUGGGGUCUGAAAUCAUUUGAGGACAAGGGGGAGAUUGAAAUUUGGAACAACAUCAUCUCCAUCCACUUCAAAAAUGAAGAUAGCACAAAACAGUGGAGAGAGACAUUCACUUUGGAUUUUGAGGGCAAGUACAAAAAGGAAUCGGCUCUGGACCAAAUUGAAUUCUACUGCACAAAGAUAGAAGAACUCCGUGAAUCCCAUUCACAUGUUGCUGCGAGUAUUGAGAAGUGUGCCCUUGAGGCUGUCACAUCCUUGUGCCACAACAAGUCUGAGGGAAAACUCUUUGAGAGGUUGAAGAUAAACUGGAAGUUUGAGAAACUCAUCUCAGCCAUUAUCCAGAAGUCCUGGCCAAGGGACAGUCAAGGAAAUUAUCAGGAAGAUGAAGAAGUGGUCCUUCAGCACCUCCUCUCCUGGACUGCUGCCAAAAACAUUUUCCAGCUACAUGACACAGAUGAAAACCUGAUUGAGAAGCUCUCUCUAGAUGCUAUGGAAAGAAUUGCUGUAGCCGUAUCAGCAUUCACAGCCAUCAGCGAUCAACUGGUCCGUGGAAGCAUUAAGACCAGCCUGCUCAAUAUCAUUUUAGAGAAGAAAGGCACCUUCUUAGAUCUGCUGAGGAUUGAUUGCCUCUCUGAGAAUGAACAAUACAAGGAUAAUACCAAAAUGAAGAGGCUGUUACAGUGCAGAAAAGAUGAACUAACAGCUGUAUACCAUGAGAAAGAGCUUGUGGAUGUCUUCUUAACAAUGAGCCACAAACUUGAGGAACAUAUGAAAGUUGAUGUUGCCAGCAUGGAAGAAAGACAGCAGGUUGACAUUGAGGCCUUGCCCCUGAACAGUUUCAUGGAAGUUUAUCAGUUUGAUCAAAUGACCUCUCCUAUUGCUGGGGUUGUCACCUACUUCGAACUGGAUGAAGACAUCAGACACAUGGCAGAGAUCCUCUACACCUUCAGAGACAGUUACAUCUUCAAAAUGUGUUGGGAGAAACGAGCCAAAAUCCUGGCUGCUGAAAUAAAUGACAAUAAUCUUGAUGAAGAAGAAGAUGAAGAUGAAGAUGAAGAUGUCGACAAUGUGGCAACCCCCCAAAUGAUAGAUCAUGACAUUUUCAAGCCUUGCUUUGCUGAUUAUAAAAACAUCUACACUUGUCUGAAGAAUGGCAGUAUAACACUUGAGGUGGUAAACGAGCUCUUCAGUGAUUACAAGGGAAAGUAUGAAGAGCUAGCACAGGAUCUGGACAUCAUGUGCAAAAUUGAUAAAUCGACUGACAAACAGUGGAUCCCCAUCAGGGUUCAACAGAUCGAGCAGUACCACGAGCUUCAUCUUGCUGUGACUUCAGCUGAAAUCAUCAUGAUGGUCAAAGAUACGCUUUGUCUUCAAGGGGACUUCAGGGUUCUGGAGACUCUCACGGAAGUUAAUCGUGCAGACUUUAAGAACGAGCAGCUCAAUCGGAUUGACAAUGAAUUGAUGCAGGCAAAAAGGGUUCUGGUGGACAUCACUGAGCCCCGCAGACUGUGCCUGGGGGAGCUAGGAUUGAGAGGACACUUUGUAAAAUGGGUAAAAGAUGCGCUUGAAGAUAUCAAUGAGUUAAAGGUGUUUGUUGACCUGGCUUCCAUCUCUGCGGGAGAGAAUGACAUGGACGUGGAUCGCGUUGCUUGCUUCCAUGAUGCUGUCCUCGGGUACUCUUCACUGCUAUAUGAGCUCAAGCCAGACUCUGGUUUUCUUGUCUUCAAAGAUGUGCUCAAGAAGCUCUGGAGAGCUUUGGAGAAUGAUAGCAACCUACCAAAUAAACUGCGGGACAGUGCACGCCACUUGGAAUGGCUGAAGACUGUGAAGGACAGUCAUGGGUCAGUGGAGCUGUCAUCUCUCUCUUUAGCAUCAGCCAUCAACAAGAAGGGUAUCUACAUGAUCAGUGCCCAAAAUGUAAAAAAGUUGAGUCUUGACACCAUCCUGAAGCUGCAGAUUCCAGAGGAGCAUGAUGAGGGUCGGCAGAUGCGCUGCUACUCUCUUGAGGAUCUGCGGGAGCUGCAGAACAAACUCAUGCUCAUGUCUGGGAAAGGGGAACAAGGCCAGAAUGACGUUGAUCACUUUGCAGAGGUUUUUGCCAGUGUUCAAAGACUAGCUGAGGCAUUCAUUUCCCUCUAUACUGCUGGGAAUCCUCUGUUCAGACAAUGGGAAGCUCAAAUCAACUGCAGCUUAAGUAGCGAGGAACCCAGUAUUAUGAUGGACUUCAACCUGGGCAGUGUUGUCAGUGUUGUCAUUGUGGAGGGCAGCAUAGUGGAGCAGCUUCCUGAAUUUUGCAGGAAAAUGGAGAAAUGCCUGGACUACUGGAUGGACUUUGUGGACAAACAGCGUUCCCAGCAUUACUAUCUGAACUACUACACAGCCGAACAGAUUGUCUACUUGUGCCACAAGCUGACUCAACGAAAUGUGACCGUCGAGGACCAAAUUCUCAUGAUGCUUUCCUUCGUCAAGCCAAAUUGCACAGCCUCAGACUUGAGGGAGGUCAGACAUGCACUCCAGUAUGAUAUCCUUACCAAACCAGAAGAGCAAAAUGAGGACAUUGAGUUUCAGACGUUUGUUGUGGUGCCAAGAAGUGGCUUGGGUUUCCCAGACUUAACCAGUGAAUUGGCCCUGCCAAGUCUUUUGGAGUCAAAUGGUUCACAACAAUUUGAUCUGAUUUGGAACUCCUAUAUGAAAGACAUGAAGAAUUUUCUUCCACACAUUCUUGAUAUCAAAAGUCUUGGAAGAAUGUUGGAAUUACUAGCCAACAAAGAAGAUGAGAGUGAAGAAGGAGAGAGUGAAGAAGACAUUUCUGAUGAUAACACAAGGAAUCUAAUACAGCGGCAACUGCCUAAAGGAUUGGUCACUGGAAAUCCAAAUCUCAUCGUCUGCCCGCAUGAUGAUGUCUUAACAUCUUGCAUCUCCAUUUACAUGAGUAGCGAAAGUGAGACACUUCCCACCUAUGAUGAGGUCCUUCUGUGCAACUCCUCAACACCAUACGAACAGGUCGAGUUAUUCCUCAGACGCUGUCUCAGCACAGGCUACAGGGGUCAAAAGAUAUACUCUCUACUGUAUGGAGAUCUGCUCACUUAUGAUGUGAGCUCUAAAGUUGAGAACUUUUUCAAGCGAAUGAAAAUGCAGAGCAGGAAAGACUACAGACUUGUUAUCAUCUGCAGCUCAGAAAGAGAACAUGCCUACCUUCCUUCAGCUUUCAGCCAGUACAGAUUGCACAUGAUUCCCCAGGAGCCAUUGAAGAGGAUCCAGAGGUACCUCCACAAACACUUUGUUGUCCCAGCAGAUCAAGUUAGUGCUGCAGCUGCAUUCAAAGACCGUCUAUGCGUCGGUGUUGUUACAUCGAAAAGGGCUGGUGUUGGUAAAUCUCUCUAUAUCAAAAGGCUGUAUGAAAAGCUGAAGCACUCAACCAAAAAGUCGUCAAUGAUGAAAUGCAUCCGCUUGAUCGAACCUAAUGUUGAUGAGAAUGUCAUCCUUCAAUCUCUGUUGAACACCCCCAAGAGGAAAGAACUCAUGAUGUUUCAUUUUGAUAUCACAUCAUCGGUGCAGAAAGGUCUCCACGACUUUCUUUUCAAAUUGUUGAUUCUGCGCUACUUGAUGGACUCUGAGGGGAAGAUGUGGAGGUGCAGUGACAAGCAGCUGUAUCUCAUAGAGAUGUUAGAGUCGACUGUCAAGUCAUCUAGAAAUCCUUCACAGCAGGAUCAAACUGUGAACGGCACAUUCACAGACGUGUUUCCAAAUAUUUUCUGCCGACCACCCAAAGAGGUGCUAAUGCUAGAGAUGAGGAGACAAGAAGAUCCCACUAUUGUGGGCACUGAUGACCCACUGAUGGAUGAUGAAGAAUUCAGGAGCGCAGCCUUUCAGCGGCCAUACCAGUAUCUCAAGCGCUUUCACAACCGCAUUGAUCUUGAUGCGUUUACAUAUCAAGGUGUUGAAGGGUCCCACGUGGAAUGUCUUCAGAUGCUUCUCAUGUACUGUGGAAUCAUGGACCCGUCCUGGGCAGAACUAAGAAAUUUUGCAUGGUUCCUUAACCUUCAGCUGCAAGACUGUGAGACAUCUGUUUUUUGUGAUGCUACUUUCAUCGGAGACACACUAGGUGGAUUCAAAACAUUUGUAGUGGACUUCAUGAUUCUGAUGGCAAAGGACUUUGCCACUCCAUCACUCAGCAUCUCUGACCAAAGUCCUGGGAGGCUGCAGAUGGACCUGACUGGUGUCCGAGAUGAAGACUUGGCUCCUUUUCUGAUUAGAAAGAGAUGGGAAAAAGAACCACAUCCAUACAUUUUCUUUAACGAUGACCAUGUGUCCAUGACCUUCAUUGGCUUCCAUCUUCAGCUCAAUGAACAGAACUCUGUUGAUGCGAUUGACCCCACCUCUGGAACAGUGAUAAAAAAGAAUGUCAUGACAAAACAAUUGUAUGAAGGCCUGCAGCUACAGAGAGUCCCUUUCAACAUUGACUUCGAUGGCCUUCCAAGAGGGGAGAAAAUAGAGCGAAUCUGCAGGGUUCUUGGUAUCCAGUGGCCUCUUGACCCUGAUGAAUCAUAUGAGCUCACAACGGACAACAUACUGAAGAUGCUGGCAAUCCACAUGCGAUUUAGGUGUGGUAUCCCUGUCAUUAUUAUGGGAGAGACAGGGUGUGGUAAGACAAGGCUCAUCAGAUUCCUUUGUGAAUUGCGAAGAAGUGGGGUGGCCACUGAGAACAUGAAACUGGUCAAGGUGCAUGGAGGGACAACAUCAGAGAUGAUUUACACCAAAGUCAGAGAAGCAGAAGACAUUGCCUUUAUUAACAAGCAAGACUAUGCAUUUGACUCUGUUCUCUUCUUUGACGAGGCCAAUACUACUGAGGCCAUCAGCAGUAUUAAGGAGGUCCUCUGUGACAAGACAGUCAGGGGGGACAGUUUGACACCAGAUUCUGGUUUGCAGAUUAUCGCCGCAUGCAACCCUUACCGAAAGCACACCGAUGAGAUGAUUCAGAGGUUGGAAUCUGCUGGCCUUGGGUACAGAGUUCGAGCUGAAGAGACUGAUGAAAAGCUUGGGUCCAUCCCUCUUCGCCAGCUAGUCUACAGAGUUCAAGCUUUGCCACCAAGCAUGAUCCCUCUGGUGUGGGACUUUGGACAGUUAAAUGAUCAGACAGAGAAAAUAUACAUUCAACAGAUUGUGCAAAGAGUGGUUGAAAACAAAGCAAUCGACCAAAAUUACAUCAAGAGAAUCACUGAUGUCCUUUCAGCUUCACAGAAGUACAUGCGGACAAGAAAGGAUGAAUGCAGCUUUGUCAGCCUGAGAGAUGUAGAACGCUGCAUGCUGUCUUUUGUUUGGUUUUAUGACAACCAUGUCAUGUUGUUUGAGGAGCUUGAAGCAUUUGAGAGUUACCAAAAUGCUGAGAGGAAUGAAAGGAACCAGAGACAGCCUGAAGUCAGAGACCCUGUCCUCUGGUCUCUAGUCAUGGCCAUAGGAGUGUGCUACCACGCCUGCCUAGAAGAUAAGGAUAAGUACAGACAGAAAGUCAGCGACAGUCUGCUGCCAGCAUACAGCCCAGCAAAGGUGAUGCAGGAAAUCUCACUCAUGCAGGAUUUACUUUUGAGUGGUGUGCCAAUGGGGGAUACUAUUGCAAAAAACAGUGCCCUCAAAGAGAACGUCUUCAUGAUGGUUCUCUGUAUUGAGCUAAAAAUCCCUCUCUUCUUAGUUGGAAAACCUGGGAGUUCAAAAUCUCUGUCUAAAACUCUGGUGGCAGAUGCAAUGCAGGGCCAAGCUGCCCAUUCUGACCUCUACAAAAUGCUUAAACAGGUCCAUUUAGUGUCCUUUCAGUGUAGCCCUCACUCAACACCAGAAGGCAUCAUUAAUACAUUCAAGCAAUGUGGACGCUUCCAGGAAGGAAAGAACCUGAAUGAGUACAUUUCAGUUGUGGUUCUUGAUGAGAUUGGGCUAGCUGAAGACUCUCCAAAGAUGCCACUAAAAACCCUUCAUCCACUAUUAGAGGAGGGAUGCAUUGAUGAUGAGCCACUACCACACAAAAAAGUUGGAUUCAUUGGCAUCUCCAACUGGGCCCUAGACCCUGCAAAGAUGAACAGAGGCAUUUUUGUCUCUCGUGGUGACCCUGAUGAGAGAGAACUCAUCGAGAGUGCUAAAGGCAUAUGCAGAUCAGAUGCAAUGGUUUUGGAGAAGGUCAGGGAUUUCUUCCAACCCUUUGCAAAAGCUUACUUGAACAUCUGCGGAAAAGAAGGCAAAGGGUUUUUUGGCCUACGUGACUAUUACAGCUUAAUUAAGAUGAUUUUUGCAGUGGCUAAAGCUUCUCAACGAAAACCCACUGCAGAGGAAACAGUAAAGGCAGUGUUAAGAAAUUUCAGUGGCAGGGAUGAUGUGGAUGCAGUUACUGUCUUUACCAAAAAACUGCUGAUUACACCCAACCUGGAGAACAUCAGUGCCAUUGAGUUUGUGAGGGAGAACAUUCAGGCAGUUGGACAGGAGGAAGAAUGUCGGUACCUGCUGGUGCUAACAAAAAACUAUGCAGCCCUACAGAUCCUGCAGCAAACCUUCUUUUCAGAAAGCGGGCAGCCAGAAAUAAUCUUUGGAUCCAGUUUCCCGAAAGACCAAGAGUAUACCCAAAUCUGCCGCAACAUCAACAGAGUAAAGAUCUGCAUGGAGACCGGUCAGACAGUUGUGCUCCUAAACUUGCAGAACCUCUAUGAAAGUCUCUAUGAUGCCCUCAACCAAUACUAUGUCUGCUUGGGAGGGCAGAAAUAUGUGGACCUUGGACUGGGAACCCACCGUGUGAAGUGCAGGGUGCACAAAGAUUUCCGACUAAUUGUCAUUGAAGAAAGAGAGGUGGUCUACAAACAGUUCCCAAUACCUCUCAUCAACAGGCUGGAGAAACACUACCUGGACAUCCACACUGUCCUUAAAACUGAACAGAAGAGGAUGGUAGAUGAAUUGGAGCGAUGGGUGAAACUUUUUGUGUCUCUCAGCAGUCAAAACACAGCAGUAGCUCAUACGUACAAGUACCAAUCACCAGACGUCUUCAUUGGCUACCACUCAGACACAUGUGCUUCUGUGGUACUUCAAGUAAUGGAAAAGCAGAGGGACAAUUCGGAGAACUCAGAUCCUGAGCGGAGACUACUGGAUGAGGCUAAACUCAUUCUCCUCAGAUGUGCUACACCAGAUUCAGUGGUGCGGUUGGACUGCACAGGCCUUCCCAAAGUGGAGAGUGAAUAUCUGUCCAGGGUCUACUUUGAAGAGCAGAAUAGCAGCUGUUUAGCUGACUUCAUUCUUGCUGACACAAGGCAGGAUGUCCAUUGCUACUCUUCCUUCACAGAGGUAACAACAUUCUCCAGACUUCUGACAGGAUCUGAUUUGGAACCACUGGUGCAAAUGCUGCAUAGUGUGGAGCUUCUCUCACUUCAGCAGUUUGACACAGAGCACUCCUUCCUGAAGAAGAUCAGGAACUUUCUCACAGAUAAAAAUGGAGGUGGUAACACCGGACCCUGCAACAAGAUCCUCAUCAUUCAGAGUGACUUUGAUGAAGCCUCUCAUAGUGCCAAUCUCAUUGCAUCUGCGAAGUAUUCAUCCAUAAAUGAAAUCAACAAGAUAACUCAGGAGAGCACAGGGAGCAAGGUGUUUGUCUACUUCAUCACCAGACUGCCAAGAAUGGAAGGAGGGACAUCCUACAUCGGCUUUCAUGGAGGCCCCUGGAGAUCAGCUCACAUUGAUGACCUCAGACGGUCAAAAGACAUUGUUUCAGACAUCAAAGCCUUGCAAAACAUGACAAUCAGUCAAAUGUUUGAAACAAAGAUUCAGAGCCAGCCUGAAGCCAUGGAGGUGGAUGACAUGUACACUGAGACUGAGCAAGAGGAAGCAGAGUUGGAGGACAAUGGCUGUGAUAACGCUGUGGACACUACAGCACUUGUGCGGAGCUGUGUGCAGAGCGCAGUAGGCAUGCUGAGGGACCAGGUGGAAAGUGGCCUCCGCAGUACACAGAGAGUUGAGAUCCUGCUGACACUCCUCAGUGACAAUGACGAAAUAAAAAGCGAAUUUCUGCAAACUGUGAAGAAGCAUCUUCACUCUUUGCUGGAAACUCAUGAGGGCAACUCCUUCUCAUCCAUCAAAAGCAACUGGGUCAUUAAGGAGGCCUCAAACAUUGAUGCCUUGCAAGAAGGAGGUACCUUCAGGCACACCUUAUGGAAGCGUGUUCAGGCUGUGGUCGUCCCCCUCUUGGCGCAGCUGGUUUCAGUCAUUGACCGCGACCAAAACUUGGACAUCCUGCUUGAUGGAAACUGUGCUGAAUCUGUCAAGAGGCUGUGGUUAGAUAUCUUUGGCGAUGAUAAGCUGUUAGAAAUCCCACGCGUAACACUGGAUCACAACUCUGAGACAAGAACAAUCCUUGUACAGAACUACAUUGCCAGACAAUUACAAGACAGGAGCAUGAGCUGCAGCAUGCCCUUCAGUUGGAGGAUCAAGAACUACCUGGAGGAACUCUGGGUUCAUGCACUUCAUAAUGAAGGCCACAAUCAACAAGAGUUUGAUGAGUUCUUUUGGAAGACACCACUUGGACGAUACAUCAUGAAAGCAGACCCAGAGUUGCAGACAGAGUUUUUUCACCGCUACCUUCAGGAUUUUGUCUGCAUGACAAUGAACGUGACUUGUCCAGAAGAUCUGCAGCUCCUGUGUGGUGCCUUGAAUUGUUGUGUCAAUGAGCUGCGAUUGCAGCUCAAUACCAUGGAAACAACAACAUCUCUUCCAUGGGUCCACGCUGCUUAUCACGAGUUCAAGAACCGUCUGCAGAACCUCCUCAGAAUGAUCUGCAUUGAGCCCCAGGUGACCCAGCACCUCUUGAACAAUCAUCAUUCCAGAGACGGUGUUGAACUGGUACUCGACGUGUAUGCUGCUUUUGCAUGUGUGGAGUACCUGGAGCCUGGAGCCCUGGACACAGACGCCCAAAGACAAGCCUGGCUCAGGCAGGUCAAAAAACUCCAGGUUCCAAUUGAGUUGAUCUGCUCAGAGGACAGUGUGAGAUGCUAUGGAGAGAGGAGUAAGGCGAUCAUCCAUAGAGUCCAAGCUGGAUGGAAUCGGAUAUUUUCUCUCUCUCUGUUUGUGGAGCACAUGUUGUUGGGCAUUGAGGAGGUAGAAAAAAAGCUGACACCUUUAGUUUUGGAGCAUACAAGAUUCCUUGGUCAGGUACUGGAAAAAAACUCAGACCUGAAAACUCCUCAGGCAUUUGAGGCAGUAAUCACUCUGCUCAAAACCUGCAAAGAUGGAGCCGUUGAACGCAUCUUCAGAUUUGGUCAUACAAUGUGCCCAGUGUGUAUGGGAGACCCCCACGAUCCACUCUGCUUGCCAUGUAAACACAUCUACUGUGUAGCCUGUAUCAAAAAGUGGUUGUGCCCCGGUCAGAUGUACUGUCCCCUCUGCAUGCAGCUAGUUACCGAUGACUUCCCCUUGGUUCCUUCAGAAGCCACGAGGAUUCUAAUCAACCAACAUGCUUGGUUCAGGAAGCAGUGCAAUGCUUUCUUCAUUGACCUGGUGUCCACUGUGUGCUUCAAGGACAACUCUCCACCCUCUUCAGAAAUCAUUCUGCAUUUGCUGUCUUUUCUCAUGGUGGAGGCCAACCCUGUCUCCAUUCUCGGAGGUAAACGACAAAUUCUGACAAAGGUGCUCUCUCCAUUUGAUGACUCUGUGGAUAGAAAUCCAGUGGUUCGGUCGGUAGUGCUCAAACUCCUGCUGAAGUACAGCUUCGAUGAAGUUAAAGGUUACCUGCAGAAGCAUCUGGUGGCAGUUGAACAGAGCAACAUCUUGGAGCAGACGGACAAAACUGAACUCUACUUGUUGUACAUUAACUGCCUGGAGGAUUCCAUGUUUGAAAGGUUGCAGUUCAGGUCCACUGCAGACCAGCAGGCGUGUGUGCGGGAUGAAAGUGCCUUCCUGACUGACUACCUGCAAUCACAGACUGCUGAAACAGCCACUGUGGAGUAUCUUCAACAGGUGGCCAGAGUGCGCAUGGACCUGGAUAUGGCUGCUAGCCUCAUCGUGGAAAAACUGAGAGCCACAGAGGCUCAAAAAAGUGGCACCACAGACUUCCUGACCAGUGUGAUGAGUUUGUGUAGGCGCAGUGGAAACAACUGGUAUCGCAUCUACUUAAUUCGUAAGAUCUGCAGCCAACAUGGAGUGGAGUUUGUCCAGAAACUUAUCAAACAAGAUACAAUGUUCUGGCUCUUCCCUGAAGAAGUUCUGCAAAAGAAUGAAGAAGCCACUCCAAUAGACCAGUAUCUUGUGUGUGGAGAGCACUACAAGACUAUCAGAGAAGCUGUCGCAAAGGUAGUUAUGGAAGGAAAAGUGGACGGACUGGACGUCACUUGUGAGGGGUGCAAAUGCUUACCACAGCAGACAACAGUUUAUCUUCUGUUGGCGCUGUACAGAGAGGUCACCACUCUCUACAGAGAAGGCAAUGCUAGCUUCCAUCCCAAGCCUGAGCAAGUACAAGCUCUGGUGGACUACAUCCAAACCUCCAAAUUCCUUGCCAGUCGAGAGUUGAAAGCCUUCGCCCAGGCCUUGGUGACCAACAGUCUCAGAGCUUUGUAUGUCCCUCCAGGCACCUCUGGUGCACAGUGUGUGUUGGUUGACUUAGGUAUUCACCUGGCUGCUGUCUUGCUCUGUGGGAACCAGGGGGUCUUAGCUCCCCUGCAGCAGCUGGCAAUGGCACCUGCCAACAUGCAGAGAGCCUUCUUGCCUACCAUGGCAGACGAUAUGUUAGCUGUGGCUCAACAAGCUAUGGGACCCGUGCAGUGGUAUAAGUGUCCAAAUGGCCACCCCUGCACCAUCGGAGAGUGUGGCCAGCCAAUGCAACAAAGUCGUUGUCUGGACUGUAAUGCUGUGAUUGGAGGACACAACCACCAGGCUGUGCAGGGAUUUCAAAUUGUUCAGUUGCAGGGUGACCGCACUCAGACAGGCCACAUCCUUGGUGAUCCCAGUCGUAGAGACAAUCCGGACAUGUUGGACACAAAGAGCAUGUCCCCUGUUCCCUUCACCAUUGUCCGCAUGCUCACUCACAUGGCCAUGCUGCUUGGUGCCUGCAGCCACCUACAGUCUAUCUCUGCCAUCAUCAAACCUCCAGUGACCAACCCAGCUGCAUUUCUACUUGCACACCUACAAGAGGAUCUGAAACAUCUCAUCAGAUCCCUUGGUAAAGGGACAGACGACACAGUCAGUGCUGUUCACCUGAUCAUCAGCAGCCUCCUGGUACCCCACCAGCAACAACAAUGGCCUGUUCCUCAUGACAAUAUGCUCUCUACCAAAGAGGCUAGAAAUCAAUGGGAGAUAGAAGUGAGCAACAUGAUCAUCACACCUCAGCUGAAGCACUUGGAUAGACAGCUUAUGGAUGUGAACACAUUCAUCCGGGCUGAUUCUCGCAUCUCUGCCAAUCCAAUCAUGAAGCUCUUGUUUGGCGAUCCUCGUCUCUUCUUGGGGUCACUUCCCCAAAAUUCUCUGAUCCACAGUUCAGCUGUGUGGAGCUGCAGAGAGAAAGUGUCUCUGCUGAGCCUCACCCACAUUGUAGAGCAGAAUGAUGGCAAAGACACCCUGCCUGUACUCUGGAGAUUCCUGCACAAGGAGCCAGAGCUCCGACUGGUGAAGCACCUUCCUGAUAUCCUGACACUGCAGAGAGAUCUGGUCAAGAAGUUUCAAAACAUCACUGAGCUGAAUCACAGCACCAUUGAUGAAUUCCUCCACAGUCAGAAAGCAGCUUCUCUCAAAGUCUGGUAUGAGAGACACAUCAAAGUCUUCCUGACAACCUGGAAUCAGCUCAGAGUGUCUUUGGCAACUAACGGUGAGAUUAAGAUCCCAGCUGAGUUUUGCCAGAAGGACCUGGACCUCAACAGUGACUUCAAGGUGCUGUUACCACGAAGACAAGGCCCAGGCCUGUGCUCUACAGCCCUUGUCAGCUACCUCAUCGCUCUGCACAAUGACCUGGUCUACUGUGUGGAUAAACACACUGGAGAAGAGACCAGCUACAAAGUGAGCCCUGCAGAUCUGACUGACCUGCAUGUCAUUCGCUAUGAGCUGGAGAGGGACCUAAUGUCCCUGGUUUUGUCCAACACCCAGUACAGCAUUGAGAGAGGCCAGGAGACUCUUCACGAGUACGACUUGCCCAAGAUCCAGCACCAGAUCAUCUCUCGCUUCUUACUGGGCAAACCUCUGAUCACUCUCAAUGGCAUUCCAACGCUAGUGAACAGACAUGACCGCAACUAUGAGAUUAUCCUGAAGGAUGUAAAAGCAAAAGUCGAGCAAGAGCCUCUCCAGACUCUCACCUUGUUUGCCAUGGCUGGGGAGCUGCACUCCUACAGUGAGGUGUGUGAGGCCUUGUCCACGCUGGAAGUGGCCCUUGGUUUCCUCGCCAUGACUGGGGGAGAUCCUCAAAUGCAGCUGUCCAGCUACCUGGAGGAGGUGCUGCAGAUGGAGAACCAGAUGGCUCCGCAUAUCCUCAAGGCCUUGAGCAUGUGCUAUCUAAAGCAUUGUGUGGCUCUGUGGCAGCUGCUGGCCUCACUCAAAUCAGAACACAUGCUGCGUCUCAAGAGGGAUCCAUUUGCGGGAGUCUCUGAGAAGUACAAACAGGCCCUGAGUGAGGACGAGCACAGAAUGCUGACUGGCUUCUUUUCCAAGAACAGCGCUGACAGUUUCCUGCUGGAGAUGCACGAAUUCCUGCUGCUGGUUCUUAACAAGUCCAAUGCACCUGAUACCUACAAGCCUGACUGGGGCCUCAAAAUAACACUGGUGUCUUACAUGGAGCGCAAAGACCUGGACAUUCCCGCUGAUGUGGAGGAGUUAUUCCCAGAGGAGAUCCUCCUGUCCCACUAUGUUGAAGCCUGGAAGUUCAUUGUGGCCUUCAAGCAAGAGCGUCAGAGACAAUAAAGAGUUUUUGUCUGCCUUCCUUUUUUUAUAUUCUCAAAUCAGUUCUCUCGAAGUUUACAAUCAUGAUAAAUCACAAGUAUUGAAGCAGUAUGUAUGGGUCAUAUAAUCUGUAUUUUUUUCACAUAUUUAUGCAGAGGUGUGCCUUCAUAAGAGCACCAAUGUUAAGCUUCAUAUUGCCACAGAGGAAGUGUGUAGUUCACAUUUCAUCUGACCUGAAUGAAGAUGAGAACUUUUUUCCAAUUAUGCGUUUUUGUUCUGUAUUAUGUGUCAUUUCCCUAAGUUUGCUUUCGUGCACUUUACUUGUAAUGUGAAUUUGUCUGUUUCUAAGAGGUAGAAAAAACUCAGGUACAAACUGUGGAAUAAUUCACAGCUGACCUAAAUCACUUCAUCAAGUAUAAUGUGUCAUUUUCACUUCCACUCCGCUCUUUUGUAUCACCAUUGAGUCGUCUUAUAUUGAUGUAUCAUGUUUUUAAAAAGCACUUGCACUUGCUUUCCUUCUGCUUUUUUGCUUUUCCUUUCCAUUGGCUUGAAUAAUAAUAAUAAUGUUAAUUUCCUUUUUUUUUUUCAUUUUCUUUAAUUCUUCAUAAACAUAUUUACAGAUAAUUUCUGUUUUUGAUUAGCUGUUUUCUUCCAUGUGUGCUUAAUAAAACUGCUUAAUAGCAUAAAUAUC